AUGCCCGAGCCAAGUAAGGAAUCGUGGUUAAAAGAGGCAGAAAAGUUCUAUAAAUACGCAAAUUUUCCAAACUGUUUAGGAGCCGUGGAUGGUAAACAUAUAAGAAUAAUUAACCCUCACAAUAGCGGAUCUAACUAUUUUAACUAUAAAAAGUAUUUUUCAAUUGUUCUUAUGGCAGUCGCAGAUUCUAAUUAUUGCUACAUUUCUAUCGAUGUUGGGUCUUUUAGAAGUUCAAAUUUUGGACAAAAACUUUACCAUGACAUGUUAGACCUACCGGAGGAUAAAAUACUCCCCGGUACUACCGGCCCAGCACUACCAUUUGUACUGGUAGCUGACGAGGCUUUCACUUUACAUAAACAUCUUAUGCGACCCUACCCCAAUAAAACAUUAGACAUAGAAAAACGUACGUUCAACUACCGCCUAUCUCGUGCAAGGCGGUAUGUGGAAUGUACCUUCAGCAUAUUGACUAACAAGUGGAGAGUUCUUCAUACGACCAUACUUACUGAUCCCGAUUUUGCUACAGAUAUAGUAAAAACAACAUGUGUUCUUCAUAACUUUGUACGGAGACGGGACGGUUUGAAAUACAACGACGAAUUGUUAACUUUUGAUCUACCUACAUUACCAAACUGUAAUACAUCUAGACUUUCUUAUGCCAUAAAUACGAGAUAA